UUAUUUUACUUUUAUUUUUAACUUCCUGAGUUACACAGACCUGAAGACAACGUUUUUCAAUAACAAAGCAUUGGGCCUAAAUCACGAAAUUUUAACUGAACCAGAUGUAAGAAUCAGAAUGAAAAUAUAUAAGUGACGGUAUCACUAAAUCUUGCUAUAUAAUAAGUGAGUCUAUCGGCUAUGGCUGUUGAAGUUGGUGCAGAGUUUAAUAACUAUGAUGAGUUAACCAAUGCUAUAAAAGCAUACGAAGCAGAGAAUUUCGUUAAUUUGAUUAUACGAGACACAAGAAGAGUAGAGGCAGCUGCCAAGCGCAAUCAGCGGAAAACUUACAAUGCUGCCAUAAAGUACAGUGAUAUUUCAUUCUGCUGCACUUAUGGUGGUAAGAAGUAUGUUUCUCACUCAACUGGGAAAAGAAAUUAUAAAACCAUAAAGCAAGCUUGUCCAUUCUCCCUUAAAGUGCGUGCUACUGUGGAUGGACAAAAGUUAUUUAUCAGGGAAAUGUGUGGUGACCAUAACCAUGAAAUUUCAGAGGCAGAGUUUAGGCUUCACCCAAAGCAAAGAAAACUUGACCUAGGAUCGCAGGAGGAGAUAGCCAACCUCCUGUGUAUGGGUCCAGACAAAAAACUUCUCAGGGACAAGCUGAUGCAGAUCACUGGCAAAGUCAUCCUCAUGAAGGACAUACACAACAUCAAGACCAGGCUGGUCAAUACAAAACUUCAAUCUAAGUCUACACUUUCAGAAAGUUAUGACCCCAAAGACGUGAUUCACCUUAGCGAUAUUGGUGAUGGCGUCCAUGUAGUGGAUAAUCCACAAGACAAAGUCUCGGAUGAAAUCCAGAUUCCUCUUUCGCAUAUUCCAUCAUCUCAGGUAAUAAAUAACCAGUCAACUGUAAUGAUUCACUCUGCGCAACAGACUCUAAACCAAGAUGUUGACCAGAGCUGUUACAUGGAAGCGCAGGCUUACCAGCAGCCUGCUAAUAUGUUCACCAUCAAUAUCCAGUCUUUCCAGCCUCCCCAGUUGUACAGUGUUGCCUCUCAGCCUUUUCAGACAUCAGUCCCUAGUAUCAUGCCAGUGAGCAACAUCCUCCAGAAUGUACAUAGUGUCGAACCUACUUGCAGUGCUGAUCAUUUCCAGCAUUGGAGUGGCAUUGAAGGCAAACACAGCCUGCAAGAGAAAAACUACCAGCCGUUAACUGCUGUUGCUUUAUCUCAAACUCAGCACAAUGAAGAGUUACACUGUGUGCCACUGUUAAACCAGCAACAAACAGUUCUGAUUUCUCCCCCCUCACCCAUCUAUACAACUCUAGCCAGUCCUCAAGACAUCUCUAACAAACGCAAGUCCAAACGGAAUCCCAGAGUUACAACAAAAGUAAAAAAGCAACGAUUAAAAGGGAGAGCCGCAGUGAUGACUUAUGUGAAGAAAAAGCGAAAAUGCCCCAUCCAAACAGAUAAGGACCAUUUGAUAAAAAAGUAUUUCCAAAAGGCAGCUGUCAACCUAUUUUUUAAUGAGCGUUUAAAUUCUGCUGGCAAUAAGCUGCUAAAGAAUUUACCAGCUGUACAAGGAAUCUCAAAAAUGUCAGAGAAAAUAUCAGAAAACAAAUGUCAUGAUCUGCUGAAGCCCUUAGCAUGGCUUUUUGGCAAGUGGAGGUCUGAGGAUGGGAAAGGACAAUACCCAACUGUGUCUGAUUUCACUUAUGCAGAGGAGGUGGAGUUUUUCCCCAUUGGGAUGAAACCAAUUGUGGAAUACAAAUUCUAUUCUUGGAAGCCCGAGAACGGUCUGCCGCUCCACAGAGAAACUGGAUUUAUCAGGAUCAAACCAGAAACCAAUCACAUAGCUUUUGUGUCAGCUCAUAACUUAGGUGUUGUAGAGAUACAAGAAGGGGAAGUAACUGGACAAGAGUUAACUGUAGAAACCACCAAUUUAGGCAGGACUUCAUUUAAUAAACCCCCAGAAGUGAAAACAUUAAAAAGAAAACUUAAAAGAAUAGGGGACCAGUUGGAACAAGUGAUUGACAUGCAAACCACUAAGACAGAGAUGACUGAACACCUAAGGAUUACCUUCAAGAAAACAGAAUAAUUAUUCAAGCAAAUAAUCGUUUGUUAAAAAUAUGUACCCCUGUUAACAAAGUAAGCUAUCCUUAAAUCAGAAAGAUUUGAUUUGUGAUCUACAGUUUGAAAUGGUGUAUGGUAUUCUUCAGGUUUUAUUUACAAAAAUAAUUUGCUAAGUGGACAACUUUGUAGUGUCACUCCCAUCUGCUUGGAGGAAAAUGUUGACAAAGUAAUGUACACACAAUAUUCUGCUGUAUUAUAACCAUUGGUUAGUGAUAGCAACAAAACUGUUGUGCCAAAUGAUUCCAUGAUAGCUAUUAUAAAAUAUCUUUUAUAUACUUUGUAAUAAUGUAAAUAAAAACUUGUUAAUUCAA